CAUCUUAGUACUUAAUAUAAUCGGACUCGAAGUCCCACUUCGCCCUCACGACAAUGCACGACACCGAAAAGGAUGGCACUCAUACACAGCACGCCCACACCCACAGUUGACCCUUCAAACCCUAAUAUAUCACGAUGGGAUGAUAUUGGGUUAAUGCUCAUCCAGGAAUUCAUCUCCGAAGAUGAUGAGGCGACCAUGAUUGACGCUUUUCACGCCCAAGAUCCGCUCUCAGAAAUCCAAGGGAACUUGAAGAAGCGAAUCAGCCAGCAUUUCGGCUACCAUUUCGACUACACCACGUUCGGAGCAUCAGAGACACGCUUCACCCCCGUUCCGGCCUACAUCACCAGCUUCCUCCCCCGGUUGCCCGUCCAAAGCCCUCUCCCCGACCAGUUCACCGUCCAGUACUACCCUCCCGGCAGCGGUAUCCCCCCGCACGUCGACACCCACUCCAUGUUCGGCGAGGCCCUCUACAGCCUGUCCUUCGGGAGCGCCGUGCCGAUGCAGUUCCGCAUGUCCGGCGCCAACGACGCGCGCAAGAUGCGUCUCCCGAAGCGAUCGGUCCAGCAGCAGCAGCAGCAGCAGGACGGGGGCACCACCGACCCCCCCUCCGCCUCUCCCGCCGUCCCCGGCGAGCAGCACCGGCAGCCGGACGACGAGGAGCAGCACCCUGUGUGGGAGGUGCUCCUGCCCGCGCGCUCGCUGCUGCUCAUGACGGGCGCGGCGCGCUACGGCUACACGCACGCCAUCCGGCCGCGCAAGACGGACCUCGUCGGCGGGCGCACGGUGCCGAGGCAGGGCCGCUACUCGAUCACCAUGCGCAGCGUGAAGAGGGGGGACGAGAUCGGGUGCGGUUGUGCGUACCCGGGUGUCUGCGACGCCAGGAUUCGGGAGGAGAUGGCCGCGGCUGCGAGGAAAGGAGGGGUGGUGGCGUCGGCAGAAUGAGGGCGUGUUGCUGGGGGAUUGUUGGGGCUCGGGCUGGCACUUCCUCCCAACUGGGUAGUCGGCUCGAGGUCGGGGAGAAUGCAGCCACCUCAGAACGCCCAACUCCAUUUUUUCCUCACCGCCUACCUCGAUGGGGGCGGCCGCAGCUGCAGGACAAACGUGAUAGGACAAUGUGACGGGGCAGAGGUGGCAGGACAACGACGUCACUGGACAGGAACGCGCGAGACAAGAGGCAACGGAACUGCGUGGUAGGGCAAUCCGACCGGACAAAUGCGCCAGGACAAGUGCGCCAGGACAAGUGCGCCAGGGGGCGGUCAAGCGAAUGGUGUUGUCCUGCCCCUCUUGUCUGCAUUGUCCUCGCCCAGUACCUAUGUACCUUAUGUAUAUGUCCAAACCGCCAGGCCAUUUUUAUUUAACUCUGUCGAGUCCCAU